AUGGUUCUGUUCAAAUCGCCUCAUCCGCGGAUAGACAUCCCCGAAAACAUCUCGACAUGGGAAUGGCUUUUCGAGCCCGGCGAGUUCUCCCCCUUGUAUAAGACUCCCCGGGAACCACUGGCCGGGUAUGUCAACGCCGUGACGAAGCAACGGCUCGACUGGGCGGCCGUCCAGAUCAAGGCCACCCAGUUGAGCACCGCCCUCGUCAAGGAGUAUGGGCUCCAGCCUGGCGAGACGGUGUCACUGUUCAGCACCAACACGAUAUGGUACCCUGUUGCGAUGUGGGCCGUGAUUCGAGCCGGAGGGCGAGUCAACGGCGCUUCCCCGGCAUACAACGUCGAGGAAAUGACCUAUGCGCUCAAAGUCGCCAAAAGCAAGAUCCUCAUCACGCUGCCGUCUUCUUUGGAGGUGGCGGUCGCGGCGGCCCAAAACGCCGGGAUCCCUCGCGACCGCGUCUUUCUGCUCGAAGGCCAGUGUGAGGGCCAUCUAAGCAUACAGGACCUGAUGGAGCGAGGGGCAAAGUACACGCCCGACCCGCCCUACCGGAUCCCGCGCGGCAAGACGAACAAGGAGAUUUGCGGCUACCUGAACUUUAGCAGUGGGACGACGGGGCUGCCUAAGGCGGUCAUGCUUUCGCACCACAAUAUCAUUGCGCAGUGUCAUCAGCUCAGACAGAUCCAGGCGCCGGGGGGGUAUAAGAUCCUGGCAGUGAUGCCUCUGUUUCACAUCACCGGCCUCGUCCGGUUCUGCACGUACCCGAUCUUCAUGAACGGCGACUCGGUGAUGCUCCCGUCCUUUUCCAUGCCCUCGAUGCUCCAGGCGAUCGUGGAGUUUCAGAUCAAGGAGCUGAUCCUCGUGCCGCCCAUCAUCAUCCGGCUCGUGCGCGACCAGAUUGUGGAGAAUUACGACCUGCGGCACGUGGAGCGGUGGUCGUCCGGCUCGGCGCCCAUCUCGCCCGAGAUCAUUGCGCUUUUGCAGAAAAAGUUCCCCUGGACGGGCUUCCGGCAGGGCUACGGCGCGACCGAGAGCACGGCGUGCAUCACGGCCCACCCGCCAACGCAUUACGACUACAAGUACGCGACCACGGGGGGUAUGCUCGUGGCGAACACGGAAGCCAAAGUGCUCGACUUGACCACGGGGCGCGAGUUAGAUGUCGGUCAGACGGGCGAGAUCCUCGCGCGGGGGCCCCAGAUCGCCAUGGCAUACCUCGACAACCCGGCCGCCACGGCCGAGACGUUCGACGCGGAGGGAUUUUUCCAUACCGGGGACGUCGGCCAUUUCGAUGCCGAGGGUCUCAUCCACAUCGAGGACCGCAUCAAGGAGAUGAUCAAGGUCAAGGGCCUGCAGGUCCCGCCGGCCGAACUGGAGGAUUUGCUUCUGGGACAUCCCGAUGUGGAGGACUGCGCCGUGCUCGGCAUCCGUGACGAAUAUGCGGGCGAGAGGCCCAAGGCGUAUGUCGUCCUCAAGCAGGGCGUGCGUGCGAGCAAAGAGGUAGGUAGGCGGUUGUUGCAGUUUGUGCGUGAGAGGAAGGUACGGUAUAAGUGGAUUGUGGAGGUCGAGUUCACGGAUCAGGUGCCCAAGAGUCCGACGGGGAAGUUGUUAAGGAGGAUUCUUAAAGUGAAGGAUAAGGAGGGUAGGGAUCGGGGGUUGAGGGUCAGAGAUGAGGUCGAGAGGGCUAGGUUGUGA